AUGCGAGUAUUAUUAUUAUUGAUUACAGUAUUCAUUUUGAAUUCCAUUUUUGCUUAUAAUGUACUUAUUCAUUCUCCUGCUAUUGGAACAAGUCAUAUUAAUUUUAUGGCACAUUUAGCAGAUGCUUUGACCGAGGCUGGACAUAAUGUUACAUUUUUGGUCCCAAUAUCUGAUCAGACACUGCGAAAUCGCAUAAAAGUUCAGACGAAAUAUUUGAUGAAAGUAGAACAGGAUGUAAUUCAAAAAUCAAAAACGGCUUCUUCAGGAAUGGAUGAAAUGUUACAAUCACUUUGGACUUAUAUUGAUAGUCCAGAACAAAACAGGGAAAAGUUCAAGUCAUUUGAAAAUCAGCGAGUUGAAACAUGCGCUAAUUUAUUGAGAAAUGAGGAAAUCUUUGAAACCUUGAAAGAUGUUGGAUUUGAUGUUGCGAUAACUGAACCAUUAUCGAUUUGUGGAUUGGCAUAUUUCAAGUUAUUGGGAAUUGAGAAAACAAUUAUGGCAACAUCUUCAACACAUUAUGAUCAUGUCAUACAAUUAAUUGGAGAACCAGAUCAUUUAUCUUAUGUUCCAGGUAAGCUAAAUUUUAAAAAUCGCUAUAAAUAUUCAAUUUUUCAGCAAUGCAAUCAUCAAGUACUAAUAAAAUGAAUUUCUACGAAAGAUAUCUGAAUUAUCAACACGGCAGUUCAUUUUUCGAGUCAAUGCAAGAAGUUUUCGACCGUGAAAUUAAACUUUUUUCGAAAUACGGUAUUGCAAAUUGGCACGAUCUUUAUUCUGAAACCUCAUUGAAUUUUGUGAAUUCAAAUCCAUAUAUCGAUUUUCCUCGUCCAAUAAUUCAGAAAACAAUUGCAAUCGGAGGAAUUAGUGUAAAUGUUGAAAAAAUAAAAUCACAAAAAUUAUCAGAAGAAUGGAAUAAUAUUUUGGAUAAAAGAUCUCAAAAUAUGUUGAUUUCAUUUGGAAGUAUUGCAAAAUCAAUGGAUAUGCCAAUUGAAUGGAGAACUAAUAUUUUGAAAGUUAUUGAAACAUUUCCAAAUGUAACUUUUAUUUGGAAAUAUGAAUCUGAUGAAUUGAAAUGGGCUAAUGAUAUUGAAAAUGUUGUAUUUUCGAAAUGGACACCACAAACUGCAUUGUUAGGUGAGUGUGAAAACAAAUGAGUUACCUAAACUACGGAAUACAGUAGCUCUUUUUUUUUUUAGAAAUCCACGAAAUUUAAUAUGAAAAAAAUUAUAGACGACAAACGAGUCAGUGCAUUUUUAACACACGGUGGUUUGGGAAGUAUAAAUGAAUUGGCUUAUUUGGGAAAACCAACAAUAAUGGUUCCAAUUUUUUGGGAUCAAAUGAGAAAUGCAAAUAUGCUCGAAAGACAUAAUGGAACAAUCAAAUUAUCGAAAUUUGAUUUGGCGAAUUUCGAAUUGGUGAAAAAAUCAAUAAAUAAUAUUUUGAAUGAUGAAAAAUAUUUCAAAAAUGCAGAAAAAUUGGCACGUUUAUUAUCAAAACAACCAAUGAAACCAAAAGAAACAGUUAUAAAAUAUGUUGAAUUUGUUAGUGAAUUCGGACCAUUUCCAACAAUGGAUCCAUAUUCAAGAAAUAUGUCGAAAAUACAAAUUUAUAUGUUGGAUAUUUAUUUUAUUAUGUUUUUAUCAUAUUCUAUUCUAUUUUCUGUUCUUGUAUUUUUUGUUAGAUUUUUAUUUUUGAAUUUUAGAAUGAGAUUUAACAAAACUAAAAUUACUUGAAUUGAUUACAAUUAUUUGUUGAAAAUUUAUUCGAUAUAAAAGUGAUAUUGAGUUCUGGGAAACUUCAAGAUAUAUUGAGUUCAUCGAAAUUGUUUUUGAUCAAUUCUUUGAAUACGAGUAAUAGCAAUUUAAAACUCUAUCAACAAUUUGUCAGUUCGCAAUCGCUCAGAGAAAGUAUGGCUUGA